AUGACAAUGAGUGAGAAUGACUCAAAGUUCAAAUACUUUGGAAUAUUACUUCUCACAUUACAACAAGCCAGUAUGCCAUUGAUGGCAAGAUACUCUAGAGCCAGAGAAGAUUCCAAUGUAUUCUUCACAACUGUAAAUGUCUUCAUGAUGGAAAUAAUUAAAGUUGUGGUUUGCUCUGGAAUCAUUAUUUAUACAAGUCAGUCCAUAUCCAAAUAUGUCAAUGAACUCAAAUCUGCCAUUGUAGAUCAUAGAUCCGAAACUCUAAAAGUCUGCAUACCCGCAUUGAUCUACACUCUCCAAAACAACUUGUACUACAUUGCUCUUUCCCAUUUGGAGGCGACAACUUUCUGUAUCACAUAUCAAAUGAAAAUCUUCACAACCGCUAUUUUCAUGUACUUCUUUUUGGGAAAGAAGCUGUCGCCUAAGCAAUGGUGGGCACUGGUUUUGUUGGUCUUGGGAGUGGCAGAUAUCCAAUACGUGUAUUCUCCACCGCCAGCCAGUGAAGAUAUCGAACAGAAUCCUAUGUAUGGAUUCAUCGCAGUGCUGACAAUGUGUUUUACUUCAGCGUUUGCAGGAGUCUACCUUGAGAAAGUUCUCAAGUCUAGUAAUGCAUCCAUUUGGGUUCAAAACAUCAGACUUGCUCUCAUUGGACUUCCGAUUUCUUUCCUCUCAAUGUGGUACUAUGACUGGGAGAAAAUCAACGAACAAGGUGCAUUCCGUGGAUGGGACUUUGUCGUGGUUUGCCUCACAGUAACCAACUCAAUCGGUGGAAUCUUGAUCUCUGUUGUUAUCAAAUAUGCUGACAAUAUCCUCAAAGCUUAUGCCCAAAGUAUGGCUAUCAUCGGUGCAGCUGUUGGAUCAUGGAUUCUUUUCGAUUUCUCACCUGGAUUCAUGUUCCUUCUUGGUACCUUCAUGGUCAUUAUCUCUAUAAUCGUCUACACUGCUUUCCCAUAUCAAGAGCCAGAAUCGAAGCUUAGUGCUUACUUGAAAUCUCAACAGAACUCAUCGCUUUUAAUGAUUAAACCAGGAGGAAAAUAG